UUCUGCCGCUACAUCCACAUCCGCUCAUACCGCUCGAUUUCAUACAACUUGCACCGCCGGUACAACCCUUUCGCGACCUACCACUGCAACGUUGCGAGUUUUGAAGGGGGUGCGGAUUCGCUAUUCGGAGUACCACCUUCGUAUAUGAGAAGAUCGAGAAGGGGGAGUGGAGGCAGUAGUCUAUUUAGUGGUGAAUGGAUGAGUACCCUCGGAGGGGUUGCCAAAUCGAAGAGGAAAAGUUUAAGGGAGGGGAGUGAGGAUAGUCCUGUCCCUCCACUACCGCCCUUGCCAUCGGAGUUCCGGGAUGGCGGUAUGCCGGGAUCGACGGUAUCUUUGCAGCCAUCGCAUUCCGUCUUAUCUACGACCGCGAGGAGGAUCUGGACGUACACGCGCUUCUUCCCCUCCUACGCCCGAUGCUUCUCACACGCUCGAUAAACUACGGCGGCUCUCGAGGACGUUGGAGGAUCUGACGCUUUUCGAUGACGCUUUGGGUCUGGGAGGGGUAAGUAGUGUCGGUGAUCCGUGGACGCUCAUCCUCAAUCCGAAUGCGGAUGCUGAGGCUAAGAGCGGGGUGCUUUUGGAAGUGGCGGCUGCAGGAGGAAGCUCGUCAUCUGGAGGUGGGAGUCUGCUAUCUGGUAGGUCUGGAGGUGGCUCGAAGGAGGGACAGAAAGAAGGGAAGAGGAAGGAGAAGUUUGAUGAGUGGGAGGGGUUGAGCACUGCGCAGGUGUGGAGGGCAGCGCAGAUGGAGGUUAUCGAUACGGAAGGGAAGAAGGUUAAGUUUGGGAGCCUGUUCGAGGAGCAGAGGACUAUUUGUUGUUUCAUUAGGCAUUUCUGGUGUCCGUUUUGUCAGGAUUAUUUGCGGAGUAUCGUGGACAACGCCCCACCGGCCAAGCUCGAUAAGGCUGGUGUAAAGCUUAUCAUCGUUAGCAAUGGCUCACACAAACUUGCUAAAGCAUAUCAAGAAAAUGUCUUCAAGUGCCCCUAUCCUAUCUAUGUCGAUCCUUCUCGCGAGCUGUAUCGCGCGUUUGGUAUGACUCGCUGUACGAUCAACGGGGGACCUGAAUCGGAAAAGGGUGCAUAUGUCGUUCAUGGACCCAUUGGCGGCCUUGGAAUGGCGUUGAGGAAUGCCAUGAAAAUGCCCCUGGGGAAUGCGGGUGAUAUCAAGCAGUUAGGAGGGGAGUUCAUUCUUGGACCGGGGAUCCGAUGCGAGUACGCGCAUCGGAUGCCGACAACAAGAGGGCAUGUUGAUAUUAGAACACUCCUUUCGAUUACCAGGGUCGACAGGGUUUCAGAGGAAGGAGAGCGGUCGCGGGAUAAGUUAGAGGUAGACAUUGACCAUCCGAGGAAAAAAGAAUGGGAUGCGCUCAUGCGGUGGAAGGAGAAAAGGGGCAAGGGCAAGUGGGAGUUGUUUGAUGAUCUUGCAAGUGAGGAGGAUAUGGUGGCGCCGUAUGACUGCAGCGAUCAAGACCAGGCGUGCGAUACGGAGGAAGAUGGAUGGGGAAAGAGGACCAUGAGGGAUCUUUUGGCUCUUAUUCCGCAAGAUCCGGAUGUGGACGAAGUGGCGCGUCAUGAGUCGUCGCCGCUUAUGGCUACUUCAGCGGGCUGACCAUUCUAUUACCACACUCUUUGCAUUUCAUCAAACCUGCCUCGUGUUAUUCCUUUCUUCACGCUCCUUCCAGCUCUACCGGCAUAUGCAGUAUCGCUUUCUCUUCUCUUUCCCGGCGAGUCCAACGAAUCAUGCAUGAAAUAUUGUGCACGUUGCAUUCAACCUCCAGGGCUUC